AUGACUUAUAAGAAGGACCAAUACAAGUUUCAUUUCGGUGAAUCGGAGAUGAACAAGGAUUCUGUGCUUAGAUACAUUCCAGAUCCUAGAAGUAAAAGAAGAAAAAAAAUUAGAGUUCCGUGGAAAGUUGUAAAAUACAUGUUAGAAUUAAAAAGAAUAGAUUUUGAUUGCUACUAUACGAGUGAUAAAGAAGAUCCGUAUGGAAAAGAAAUUAAAUUACACUAUUAUGCAGCUUUAUAUUAUGAUUCUGGAGCAAAUCCUCUCGUUCUUGAUUGCAUGUAUCGAGAAGCUCAUUGGAACUUCUUCUUCCCUUUGAGAUUCUCAUCAUACGGAAGAGCACUAUAUUUUUUCCUCAUAUUCACAGGAAGACUAACAGUAAGAUAUGAAUGGCUCAAUUCACUCCGAAAUACGAUCAAAAUGCUUAGAAAGAAUAUUGGGAAGGGUUUCCUACUCGAUUUGAAAGAAGACUUUGAUGAUGUUCAAAGAGGACUGAAAAACAUAAGGAAACAUAUUCCAAAAGUCGACAACUAUCCCAAAGGAACACUAAUCUUCAAUCAAUGGGAAUAUGAUUACUGUUAUGAAAAACACUUAGAGAUUUACAAUGGGGUUCGUACACGUCAACCCUAUAUUUUGGAUAUGGAUUCAAAGGUAACAGUUAUCAAUAGAGUAAUUGUCGAAGUUACGGAUGAUACAGAUACCGAGAAACAGGAAGUCAAAUCAAUAUGA